AUGCUCCAAUACGCUAAGUUCUUGAAGGAUAUAAUUAUGAACAAGCGAAGUUGGAAACAAGGCGAAAUAAUCUCCCUCACAGAGAGUUGUAGUUUUAUUAUCCAAAGUGAUCUACCGACAAAGUUAAAGGACCCGGGGAGUUUCACUAUUCCUUGCUCAAUUGGCACUUUUACUUCUCUUAAUUGUCUUUGUGAUUUAGGUGCAAGUAUAAAUCUAAUACCCUUGUGUCUUUUCAGGAAACUGUGUGGAAAUCAACCGAUAAAACAAACUUCCAUGAUGCUCCAAUUGGCUGACCAUUCUCUCAAGAGACCUCAUGGAGUUGCGGAAGACGUGAUAGUAAAAGUGGGCAAGUUCAUAUUUCCGGUGGACUUUGUUGUGCUUGAUUAUGCGGUCGACAAAGAUUGCCCCAUGAUUCUUGGGCGCCCUUUUCUAAAUACGGGGCAAGCAUUGAUUGAUGUUAAUGCGGGAAAGAUAACAUUGAGAAUGAAUGAUGAGAGCAUGGAAUUUGACACGAGGCAUGGAAAAAGCAAGAGUGAGGAGGAGAAAUGCAUGAAGAUUGAUGCUAUUGAACCCACAUUGCAUGUGCCUAUAAAGGAAGUUCAUAAGAAAGAACCCGAAAUUGUGUGUGCAAAAAUAAAUAUGACACCUCAUGUCAAGCCACACAAGGGAAAACCAAGACGUUAG